UGUGUUUGGUGUCCAUUCACAACCACAAGCUUGUUGUACAGUGAAGGUAUGGAAGCCGGGCAAAGCGAAACAAUAAUAAGAGCGCAACGGCCGUAACAACUAUAGUUAGUUCGUUAAGCUGUGGAACCUUUCCGAUCUUAGCAAAUAGCCUACAGGAAAUAGUGAAAAAGGUGACAGGCGCACACACACACACCUCUGGGAGAUCACCAAAAAAGUAGCUUGACCUCGCGCAUCUGCAGGCUGUGGCACAGGUACCGAGCCUCUCGGACCAGUGCAGGACAUGCGGAUAUCUCCGGCUUGGGACCGAGCCGGGGAGCACUGAUAGUUAGUUCUCCGUGGACAGAUCGUUUCGACGCCGCUGAAAAAGAAAAGACAUGUCCCGAAGGAAGCAGAGCAAGCCCCGACAGAUCAAACGUUCCCUCGGAGACCUGGAGGAAGGUGAGGACAACCUGCCCGAUGACCUCAGCCUAUCGGGGGACGAGGGCGGAGCUUCAGACCAGGAUGAUUCGGCUGAGUGUGACACCUCCAGCCCAGGGUUUAUGCCACCAUACACUGAAGAGCCGAGGACGGAAGAUUCACCGAGUGCGCCUGAUGAUGAGGAAGAUGAGAAGGGUCCAGAACUGAGUGUCGAGGAAGACGAAGGAGAGGCAGAGCCUCAGUGGGAUGGCCCAGAUGAGCUCUGCCUGAGCCUGGUGGGCGGAGUUAGUGAGGUCAUCGCCCAGAGGAACCUCAUGCCCAACACUGUAUGGGGACCAUACAGUGGUCACGUCCACAACAAGGAGAAGGGCAAGGAGCAGGAGGGAGAGGGCCCGAGUCUCACUGUGGUCAGCGCAGACACUGAGCUCUGGCUGAAAAAGCUGCCGGUCACCUCUAGCCAAACUGGGGCAAACUGCACCAUCUAUGGCCAAGGUCAGGAACUAUACUGCAAGGUGACCCAGGAGCUCCACGCUGGAGACCGCUUACUGGCCACUCUGUUCGGACCCACCAUGGAGGAGCGGUCCACGGCUACUGAAACCCACAAUGCACCAGUGAAGGAGGAGGAGCCAGCCUACCCAGCAGCGCUGCACUCCGAAAUCCAGCUCCUCCCCCAGCAGGCAGGAAUGGCAGCUAUCCUGGCAACAGCUGUAAUCAACAAGGACAUCUUCCCGUGUAAGGACUGUGGGAUCUGGUACCGGAGCGAGCGGAACCUGCAGGCUCACCUGAUGUACUACUGCGCCAGCCGCCAAAAGCAGGAUCCCGCCUCGCCCCCGCCGGAGAAGCCCCGCGACUCGUACCCCAACGAGCGCGUGUGCCCCUUCCCCCACUGCAACAAGAGCUGCCCCAGCGCCAGCUCCCUGGAGAUCCACAUGCGCACGCACAGCGGCGAGCGGCCCUUCGUGUGCCUGAUCUGCCUGUCGGCGUUCACCACCAAGGCCAACUGCGAGCGGCACCUGAAGGUGCACACGGACACGCUGAACGGCGUGUGUCACGGCUGCGGCUUCGUCUCCACCACCCGCGACAUCCUCUACAGCCACCUGGUCACCUGCCACAUGGUCUGCCAGCCCGGCUCCCGCAGCGAGGUCUACUCCCCUGGCCCUGGACUUCCCCCAUUGCCGCUGGCGACAGGACUUGGUCCUCCAGACUGUGGGGUCGUGUUGAAGUGCCAGGUGUGCGGAUUUGGGGCGGACUCUCCCGCCCUCCUCCAACAGCACGUGCGGACCCACCUGGAGGUGAGGGGCGUGGCCGAGAGGAGCCCCGCCCCCCGGCGGACUCCGCCGUCCUCCUCCGAGAGCCCCGAGCCGGCGUGCGCGCCCCUGCCCGAUUCGGACACCCCGGGCGCCAACGGGGGCUCCGCCACCCCUCGCGAGGGCGGCAGAAGCCCCCUGGACUCCGGGGUACGGGUCAAAGAGGAGCCCCCUUCCGACUCCGAGAACGAGGGAGAUGAGGGGCCGGGCCUGAACGGGAAGGAAGGAGCAGGGCCGGACGGCCGCCCGGGAACAGCCAGCGUCACCCAAACCCCGCCCACCGCCAAGACCCCGCCCUCGGUGGCUGUGAAGGCGGAGCCUCCCAGCCCCACGCCGGGCUCCAGCCCAGCACACCAGGGCGGGGUGGGGGCGGGGCUUCCCGGAGGGGCCGUGUUCCUUCCCCAGUACAUGUUUGGCCCCGAAGCCAUCCUACCUCAGGCGUCAGAGAUCCUGGCCAAGAUGUCGGAGAUGGUGCACAGCCGUCUAAAGCAGGGCCACGCCCCCGGUGUCGGCGCGGCGACCGCCGCGUUCUACACUGCCGCCGGCUCACCUAUCCAGAAGGGGGCGACGUGCUUCGAGUGUGACAUCACCUUCAACAAUGUCAACAACUUCUACGUCCACAAGAGACUGUACUGCUCCAGCCGGCACCAGCAGCAAGGGGACACGCCCGCUGCCGCGCCCAUCGCCGCGCCCCAGGCCAAGGAUGGGGCGGAGCCUCCCGCGGGGAUCAGCUCCUCCUCCCCUGUGUCGGAAGCCACCCGCGCGCCUUCCGCCUCGCGCAGCGACGCGGAGCCGCCACAAGGGGGCGCCGCCGACGGCAAGCGCGCGGAGGUGAAGAGCGAAGACGCGGGCCCGAGGGAGCCGUCGGGCUCCGAGGGGGAGAGCGGGAGCGGGGGCCGGGCGAGCGAGAGCAGCCCGAGCCCCGGCGGCGCUUCCGGGGAAGGCGAGGAUCCGGACGAGGACCCCGCCGCCACCUUCUGCCAGGCCUGCAACAUCCGCUUCAGCCGCCACGAGAACUACAUGGUGCACAAGCGCUUCUACUGCGCCUCCCGCCACGACCCCAGCAACCAGCGGCCCCACCACUCCCACGGCAAGGCCGCCGCCUUCCUGCCGCAGCCCGUGCGCACCCGCAAGCGCAAGAAGAUGUACGAGAUCCACAUGGCUCGUGCCCAGGCCCUGGCUCGCUCCGCCUCCACCCCUAACCCCGCUCCCACACCAACAACGGGGGUGAAGCAGGAGGGGGUCUCCGCCCCCUCGCCUGGGACCUGCCCAGAGGGGGAGGGCCCCAUUGAUCUCAGUAAGAGGCCCCGCCUCCGGGAGCCCCAGAGAGCCCUGCCUCCAGCCCCGCCCCUCCCGCUGACCGACUACCACAAAUGCACGGCCUGCUGCAUCAGCUUUAACAGCAUCGAGAACUACCUGGCACACAAGGCCUAUUACUGCCCUGCCACGCCACUCCAGCAGCAACAGCGCCCCCUGGAGCAGCUACACAAGCUACGGAGGCCUGCUUCCACCUCCCCCGCCCCCAGGCCCGGCCUCCCGGAACUCCACGCUGAGCGGUUGGGGGUUGUCAAGGGGGCCAAAAUCGAACCCGCUCCCGCUCUUCACAGCCCCUUGGGACCCGAGGGGGCUCCACUGCAUUUUGUACCAGGCAUGAAGGCCCUGGGAUCCCCCCAGCCCCCCAUGGUGUGUCCCUACUGCCCCCAGAGUGGGGGCGUGGUGGGUGACCUGAUGGAGCAUUUCAGAACCACGCACGGAUUGGUUCUGGCCCUCCAGCCUGGGGGUGUGGCAAGCCCAGAGGCCCCGCCCCCUAACACCACCAGGGUAAGUCCCAGUAUGAGCCCCAGGUCCUCCAAACCGGCCACGCCUCCCAAGCAGCCUGGCAGAGACAAUGUGAACGGCCAGGUGAAGAGGGAGAGCAUCUCUCCCACAUCUUCCUCGCCCCUGCUGAACGGAAGCCCCAUGCACCGCGGGGCCCCGUCCACUUCCCCACCCUCCUCCUCCCCGGGCACCACCCCCUUGCCUGUCCUACACCAGCCUGAGACCCUUAAGGAGGCGGGGUUACACUCGCAGUCGGCGGACAAACCCAACCCCCACGGCCCUGCUCACCUGGCCCCAAAAGCUGCCCUGGUCUCCCCCUUGCAGAACGGAAACAGCCGCUACUGCAGGCUGUGCAACAUCAGGUUCAGCAGUCUCUCCACCUUCAUAGCCCACAAAAAAUACUACUGCUCCUCCCACAGCGCCGAACACGUCAAGUGAGUCUCUCACCCCAGCCCUGAACCCCGCCCCUCUCCUUCAGACAGGCAAUCCAACAAGAAGCAAACUGGCCCCACCCAGACUUGCUGUGGCCGCCUCCUCCCCUGACGGUUGUGGCUGCAUGUGAGACUGAAGAGACUGUUACUCAUCAGGCAUCGGGGGCUGCUGUUAGUUACCCGAUGUUCCAGGGUAUUGUUACUAUGGUAACUUAUUACUCAUCAAUGGGUCAAUUUAAUAUUACACUAAGGAGAUGAAAUCUGCUACCUGCACACUUAAAAAAGUGUGAACACAGUCACGUUUGGAGUGUCAUGUAUUAAAAGUUUGGACUCUACAUUUAUCCUUUUUUAAUUUUACCUUGAUGGACUGUGGGGUGUAUUUUUGUCAUUUUGAAUACAACUUCUAAUUAAUUUGAAUGUUAUUAUUCAUUUGACCGAAUUUAAAAAUUGUUUUAUUUUCUCAAAUCAGUCACUGGUAAGGAAACUGCCUGAAGUGAACAGGUUCUGUAACCAUUGCCUAUGGUGAUUUUAGUGUGUUUGGAUUACGUUUUUAAAAGAUAAUAUACUGUAUGUUUUGUUAAAACACUGGCUCCAUCACUGAAAUAAACGAAAAGGCGAGACUGCUGUAAUGACGCUAGAACCGUUCUAAGACUGCGAUCUAUAGCUGAAAUCUGUGAAAAUAUUCAACUUUACCACAUUUCUUUAUUCGGGAGGGGGGAGGGAUGGCAAAAAUGUGAAAUAUUUAUCUUCGAGUCUUCACUGAUUUCAUGUGAACAUAAACUACCUAGUUUCUGUCAAAAUAUGCUGUUUGUAGUACUUUCGUUAUUUUAUUGUUUACCUGUUUUCAGCCCAUCAUGUUCAAUUAGUGUUCACCGAUGUAGGGAAACCUUUGAUCUGCACUGUCAUCACUGAAGCCUGUAACAAACCCUGUUUUAGUUGUUUGCGUGUUUUUAGUUUUUGUGCUGGAUGCUCUUUUGGUGAGUUUUAGAUUUAAAGAAAGUGUUUCUUCUUCGCCUGUUUAGUCAAACUCAAUCUAAGUGACGUAAGGGUUCCACUUUUGCGAGUGGUUUGUGGUAUUAGAACCAUUGAGGGGAAAUUCCAUGUUCAGUCCUUUAGGAGCAAGUACAAGAGGAAGAGUUGGCUACUUGUUGGAUGUGGUUUGUAUUGUGUUUCCAAGAAACAGAUAAAAACAAACGCAACCGACAAAAAAUGACUGAACAAUGGUUGGUGAAGAGUGCCAGUCUCGACUUUGUUGUCCACUAACAACUUAUGUCCUUAUUGUUUCACAUGUUUAAAUAUCUGCGUGAGCCAGGUAUAAAAUUUAAAUUGAAGGAAAACCUAUAAAAAUACAUUGCGCAUUUUGCAUCUCGAUUCAAAAGUUACAUUUAUUUUUGUUUUGUGUCGUAUGCGCAAACGUCUUUGCAGUUUACAUUACUCUCCGUUCAAAGAAGAAACCAUGUCAUGCAAUCUUCACUGAAACUGAUAAAUACAAUGAAGCCUUAGCUUGCUGCGUGGUAUACUGUAUUUAGGUUUCUCAUAUGAGAUGUGUAAAUCCAAGUCCUCUGCUGUUGAAAACUUAAAAAUGAAAACAGGAAAUGACAUAAAAAUGUUUGUUCUGUUGGAAACAUAAUUUAAGUUUUUAUUUGUUCUUGCUUUGUUGCAUUCUCAUAACAGUGCUGUGUGAAUCACAGAGUUUUAUAGACGUACAAGGCAUUUUGGUGUAACAUAUUUUAGAUGGGAGUGUUUAAAUAGACUUUAUUUUUAAUGGAUACAUUUCAACAUAUUUCGCUAUGGUGGGACAAGCAGAGAAAGUACCUUUAAAUCCCAUUUCGCAUUGUUGUAGACAUUUGCUGAACAAUUCCUUUCUAGAAGCCCUUUUUGUAGCAUAUUUAUGUUUUACCAGCACUUUUCCUAAUCCAAACCUAGCCCCCCUGUGAAGGACUUGUGAUGAAUUGACACGCUCAACAUCAAUAAGCACCAUUUUGUUAAUAAUUAAAAAUGACAGAAUGUUGAUAAUGAGGUGAAAAAACAAUGGAUGCAAGAUUUUUUUUGUUUGUUUUUCUUUCGUUUUUAAAUCUCUAUGAAGUUCCACUACACACUUGUCCAAACUAUGCAUGGGGAAAUAAACGUCCGAAGGGACAUUUUAAAGCG